AUGAGUUUACUUUAUGCUUAUAGAGAUGGUGAUAAAAUGGCUCCAACUGUUGAAAAAACAAUCGCUGAACUUGAAAUGGGUCUACUACAUUUACAGCAAAAUAUAGACAUUCCUGAAAUUUCAUUACCAGUUCAUCCACUUGUUGCCAGCGUCAUUAAAAGGUGCACUGAUGAAGGUCGAAAACCAAAAGUUGCUGAUUUUGGUGAUAAAGUUGAUGACUCAACAUUUUUAAAUCAGUUACAAAACGGAGUAAAUCGAUGGAUCAAAGAAAUUCAGAAGGUAACAAAAUUAGAUCGUGAUCCAUCAUCUGGUACUGCUUUACAAGAAAUAAGUUUCUGGCUAAAUUUGGAAAGAGCAUUGCACCGAAUCCAGGAGAAGCGGGAAAGUAUGGAAGUUGCCCUCACAUUGGACAUUUUGAAGCAUGGCAAACGUUUUCAUGCUACUGUGUCUUUUGACACUGAUACAGGACUGAAACAGGCUCUUGCUACUGUUAAUGAUUACAAUCCUCUAAUGAAGGAUUUCCCAAUCAACGACUUAUUAGCUGCCACCGAAUUGGAAAGAAUUCGUGCAGCUGUUCAGCUGAUAUUUUCUCAUCUUCGUAAGAUAAGAACCACCAAGUAUCCCAUUCAGCGCUGUCUUCGAUUGGUGGAAGCAAUCUCACGAGAUCUCAGCGUACAACUGUUGAAAGUGUUAGGUACACGAAGAUUGAUGCAUAUUCCUUUUGACGAGUUCGAAAAAGUCAUGACCCAGUGUUACGAUGUUUUCUCCACAUGGGAAGAUGAGUAUGAAAAGUUGCAAGCACUGCUUAGGGAUAUAAUUAAGAAAAAGAGGGACGAACAUAUGAAGAUGGUCUGGCGUAUCUCGGCGCAACAUAAGAAACUGCAGUCGAGAAUGGAGCACAUGAGAAAAUUCAGGAUACAACAUGAGCAAUUGCGUACCGUAAUUGUGAGGGUUUUGAGACCUACCACUCGUCAGGUUAAUGCGGUGACAGAAGGAGAAGAGCUGGAACAACCCAAACAAGAUGCUUUUGCAUUGGAUGCUGCAGAUGCAAAUGCCAUUGAGGAAGUUAAUUUGGCUUAUGAAAAUGUAAAAGAGGUAGACUGCUUGGACAUUUCGAAAGAGGGCCAGGAUGCAUGGGAUGCUGCUGUGCAACGUUACGAGGAGCGUAUUGAUCGUGUGGAAGCAAGAAUCACCGCUCAUCUAAGGGACCAACUGGGUACAGCAAAAAAUGCAAACGAAAUGUUCCGAAUAUUUUCGAGAUUCAACGCCCUUUUUGUUAGACCUCACAUACGAGGAGCAAUUAGGGAAUACCAAACCCAUUUGAUUCAACGUGUUAAAGAUGACAUUGAAGCUUUGCAUGAAAAAUUCAAGGUUCAAUAUCCACAAAGUAAUAGUGCUCGUAUAAGUAAAGUUCGUGAUCUACCCCCAGUCUCUGGGUCGAUUAUUUGGGCUAGAGAAGUGAUAGAGAAAAAACCAGAACAAUUUAAAAUAGCUUGCAUGAGUGAUAUAAGACAACUGUUCCCGAGCGAUGCCGAUCCUUUCUAUGCUGGUUAUGGAAAUAAGAUCAAUCUUGAUUAUAUAUUCAAAGGGAAAGGUUGGGAAAAUCACAUAGAAGGUCAAAAAUUGAAGGCAGAUGGAGACAGUUUUCGUUUGAAAUUGAAUACUCAGGAGAUUUUCGACGAAUGGGCACGAAAUGUACAACAACGUAAUCUCGGAGUUUCUGGGCGUAUUUUCACAAUCGAAGCCGUACGUUCAAGAACUGGACGUGGCAAUAAUCUUAAGUUGCGAGUGAAUUUCUUACCGGAAAUUAUCACUUUGGCUAAAGAAGUUCGAAAUUUGAAAUGUCUAGGAUUCCGAGUACCAUUGGCUAUUGUGAACAAAGCGCAUCAAGCUAACCAGCUCUAUCCAUUUGCUAUCUCGUUAAUUGAGAGCGUACGAACCUACGAAAUGACCCUGGAAAAGGUGAGUGUUAUUUAUUAAUGACUGGUUGUUCAAAUUUUUAAUAGUU